AUGGAUAUAUCUGCAAUUAAAGUCGUAAAACCAUGGUAUCAGAAUGAUACCGUCUUCCGUUGGCUGGAUAACAAAAACUAUGAAAUCGGUGUGGAAUGCAACAAGUUGGUCGAAAACUUUGUGAGCAACAUUGUGCAACGUAAACACGCUGAGUGGAAACAGAAAAUGCAGUCAAAUAACGCAAAUAGGACAUCAUCUGGUGACGAAGAUGUUAAAUAUAGUGGAAUGGAUGGUGGAGAUGAUGCUGAAUUUGAUGCUACUGCCAUGGAUAAUAUGGUUGGGAAAAAACGCAUUUUCAUUGAGCAAAUAUUUCACUUAGAACAACUUGGCGAAUUAACGCUUCGGGACAUAAUGAACGAAUCCCAUUCAAUGAUGUUGGUGUCAUUUGAGACAGUUUCAAACGGAUUAAUGAUUCUGCUGAUGUGUUUGGCAAUCCAUUUGGAUUAUCAGAAAAAAUUACGUGAAGAAAUCAAUGAAACUUAUCCUGAUGGAAAUAUUGCAGAUAUUACAAUAACGCAAUUGCAGCAAUUGAAAUAUCUGGAUAUGGUUGUGCAUGAAUCAUUGCGGCUCUUGACAACGGUUCCCAUGAAUAUGCGGAAUGUAAGUUCUGACUUUAAGAUGCAUUUGCCUGCUAAAGACAACAGGGGUGCAAUAACAGCGCUGGUACCAAAGAAUACAUUGGUUGUAUUAGACGUUUUCAAUAUGCAACGUGACGAAGCCCAUUGGGGACCGAAUGCAAAAAAAUUUGAUCCUGAACACUUUGCCGAAUCAAAGUCGGAACGGCAUCCUUACGCUUUUAUACCUUUCUCCAAAGGUACACGUAGUUGUAUUGGUUGGCGUUACAGUUUGUUACUGACGAAGAUUUUUCUUGUGAAAUUAAUUUCUUCUUUCGAAUUCCAAUGCCCAGGAACAAAACUUGAAGAUUUACAUUUUACUGAGGGCAUUUCAUUGAAAUUUCAUGACAGUCAGAAAAUUAAGUUUCAAAUAAGAAAAAUACCUUGAAUA